AUGGGUAUGGGUGGGGUUGGCAAGACCACCUUUGCUCAGAUGGUAUACAAUGAUGACAUGGUUGGGAAGCAUUUUGAAAUAAAAGCAUGGGUUUGUGUCUCUGAAGAUUUCGAUAUUAUGCGAGUGACAAAAGCAAUUUUGGAGUCCGUCACUUCCCAGCCUUGCAAUUUUGAUACCUUGGAUCAACUCCAAGUCCAACUAAAGCAGAUUUUGGAUGGGAAAAAUGAUUGGAGCAGUUUGAAGAGUCCUUUCAACGAUGGAGCCCGAGGAAGUAGAGUCAUGGUAACAACACGUAACAUAGAUGUUGCGUUGAUGCUAGGAACUGUGAAAUAUCAUCACUUGAAGCAAUUAUCAAUGGAUGAUUGUUGGUCGGUGUUUGCACAAAAUGCAUUUGGGAACACAAUUAUUGAGAGGCUUGCCUUGGCUGCUAGGACACUUGGUGGGCUUUUACGCCGUAAACUAAGAGACGAUAAAUGGGAAGAUGUAUUGAAUAGUAAAAUGUGGGAGUUAUCAGAUCAGGAAAGUGACAUUCUUCCAGCUUUGAGAUUAAGCUACCAUCACCUCCCUUCACAUUUGAAGAAGUGUUUUGCAUACUGUUCAAUACUGCCCAAGAAUUACUGCUUUAGGGAAAAGAAACUUGUUUUAUUGUGGAUGGCAGAAGGCUUCAUUCAAGAACCAAAAGGAAAAGGAAAGAAGCAAAUGGAAGAUCUUGGACAUCAAUACUUUCGUGAAUUGUUGUCCAUGUCAUUUUUUCAACCAUUAACUAGUGGUGAAAGUUCAAAAUUUGUGAUGCAUGACCUCAUCAUUGAUCUAGCUCAGUUUGUUGUAGGAAAAAUUUGUUUUUGGUUGGAGGGUAAGUCGAAAGCUAACGAGCAGUACAAAAAUCUCAGUAAGGCACGCCACUCAUCAUACAUGUCCAGCCAUUAUGACGGCAUCAAAAAGUUUGAGGCAUUUUAUGAUGCCAAGCAUUUACGUACCUUUUUACUAUAUGGAGGAUAUUAUGGAGGAAACCUAAUUAACUUGCGUCAUCUCGACGUUACUGGUGCAAAUUCCUUACAAGAGAUGCCACCAAAAAUAGGUCAGUUAACAAGUCUCCAAACAUUAUCAAACUUAAUUGUUAGCAAAGGAAAUGGGUUUAUGAUAAGAGAGUUGGGGAACUUAAUUCAUCUUAGAGGGGCACUUUGCAUAUCCGGGUUAGAUAAUGUGGUGGAUGUUGUGGAUGCAAAGGCCGCUAAGUUAUAUGAGAAGCAGGGCUUAGACGAGUUAUUGAUGGAAUGGAGUAACACUAAUUCAGAAGAUUCACGAAAUGAAAAAGUUGAAUUAGAAGUUCUUGACAUGCUACAACCGGACAAUAAGGUUAAAGUACUUUCCAUCAAUGGUUACCAUGGUCCAAUAUUUCCAACUUGGGUUGGAGAUCCUCGGUUUUCUAAUAUGGUGCACUUAGUGUUGCAAAAUUGUGAAAAAUGCACAUGCUUACCCCCUCUGGGGCAAUUACCUCACUUGCAAAACUUUACAUUCGAGGAAUGA